AAUUUAUUAUGUAUUAACAAUUUAACUUCACAUUAUUUAUUUUAACAUAUUAAUAUGAUUAAUUUAAUUAUAAAACUAAAGCAAUAAUUAAGUCAUCGCUGGUCAACUCCUGCAUUGCCUCCCUUGGAUUCUGUAUUCACCAACCUUUACUCAUCCAUAACCAUCGCUCCUCCAUCUCUCUGUUAGUUCUCUGCUUCCUCUCUUCAUUUGGCUCUAAUUCUUUAGCGACUGUAUUGCUUUUCUGUUGAUUUCAGCAGUCCUUUUGAUUUCUUGAUCUAUUUUGUUUUUGCUCUGAGAUUUCAAAAAAAAAAAAAAAUCAAAAAAAUCAAAAUGGUGCUCGGUAUCUUUAUCUCCAUCUUCACUGAGGUCAUUAAAGAACCCAUCAUGGAAUUUGUUGUUGUCCCAAUCAAACGACAUACCAGCUACCCUUUCACCUACAAGAGCAAGGUUGAGAAACUCCAUCAUGAGGCUGGAAAAUUGAAGAACAGAACAGUCAAGUUGCAGCAAGCUGUUGAGGAGGCUACAAGGAAAGGGGAAGAGAUCUAUGAACGUGUUAACAAGUGGCUGAUCGAUGCAGGCAAAGCUAUUGAAGAAGCUGAAGAAUGUAUCCAAGGCGAAGAACAAGCGAAAAAAAGGUGUUUCGUUGGACUAUGUCCUGAUUUGAAGACACGCUACCAGCUUAGCAAGAAAGCAGAGAAGAAAGCUCUGGCAAUUCAUGAGCUGGCGAGUGAAGGCGACCUUGAUUCAAUUUCCUUCCGUCCCCCUCUACAGCAGAUAGUUGCCCCGUCAGUAUAUGCUCGUGAGGGCUUGAAUUCAAGAGAGUUGUUCUUGGAGAAAGUUAUGGAUGCACUAUUAGAUCCAGAUCUUAAUAUGAUCGGGGUGUAUGGACUUGGAGGUGUGGGUAAGACCACCCUAGCAAAACAGGUCCAUAGAAAAGCUGUAGAAGAGAACCUGUUCGACGUGGUGGCUAUGGUUGCUGUAAAUCAAACACCAGAACUCCGAAGAAUUCAAUCGGAGAUCGCUGAUAUCCUGGGCUUGAAAUUUGAUGUGGAGGAAAUACCUGGAAGAGCUAAUCGGCUAUAUGAGAGGUUGAAGAAAGAGUUGGAGAAAGAGAAGAAAGAGAAGAAAGAGUUGGAGAAAGAGAAUAAGGUACUUAUAAUUCUUGAUGAUAUUUGGAGAAAACUUGAUUUAAAUGCAGUAGGAAUUCCCUUUGGAGAUGGUUUCAAAGGAUGCAAAAUACUUCUCACCUCAAGGAGACAAGAUGUGUUAUCUCGCGAGAUGGGCACACAGCAGGAAUUCAAGCUCGAUGUUCUACAGGACGAAGAGGCCCGGAGUUUUUUUGAAAUAACUGUAGCAGGUGCUAAAGAUUCAGAAUUGCCCCCUAUUGCCGCAGAAAUUGCUAAAAAAUGUGCAGGAUUGCCUCUUCUACUGCUCACAGUGGCGACAGACUUGAGAAAUAGAGAGUUAUACGCGUGGAAUGAUAAGCUGAAACAGCUAUCUGAGUUUGACAAUGAAGAAAUAUAUUCGAAAGUGCACGCUGUUCUGGAGUCAAGCUACAAUAAUUUGGGUAGCAAUGAAGUCAAGUCGUUUUUCUUACUCUGUGGUCUGAUAAGACAAUCUAAUAUUGAAAUCCAGUCCUUGCUGAAAUACAUUAUGGGUCUUAGUUUAUUCAAGAACAUUUCUACUGUCCAGGAAGCAAGAAACAAAGUAUAUAGUUUGAUUGAUAGCCUCAAAAUGCAGAGCUUAUUGCUAGAUGGCGACAUGUACGGAUUCAUUAAAAUCCAUGAUGUUGUUCGAGAUACUGCUCUCUCGAUUGCAUCUAGAGAGCAACAUGCGUUUAUAGAUACAAGUGGCAAGGAGCUGAUGAAAUUCCCAAAUAAGGAUUGUACCAGAAUUUCUAUAUCUUAUUGUGAUACUGAAAAUCUCCCCGAAGGAUGGGAGUGCCCAAAAGCAGAGGCACUACUCCUUUUUACAGAAAUUUUUUCUUUGGGAAUCCCACAUCAGUUUUUCAAGGGCAUUAGAAACCUGGAAGUAGUGGAUUUUACUGGGAUCCAUUUUUUGUCCCUCCCUUCAUCGCUCGCUUUCCUGUCCAACCUUCAUACCCUUUGCUUGCAUCAAUGCCAACUGGACGACUUAGCUAUCAUUGGAGACUUAAAGCAACUACGAGUUCUUAGUUUUGCAAACUCCUACGUUGUUGAGUUGCCCAGACAAAUAGAGCAACUGGCUCGACUAAAAGUCUUAGACGUGAGCAAUUGUUUUAAACUCAAAAUGAUUCCAGCAAAUGCCUUAUCAAAGCUGUCGGAGCUUGAAGAACUGUACAUGAGUAACAGCUUUGUUGAGUGGGAGGCCGAUGGGAACAAUGCAAGCCUUGCUGAGUUGGAAAAGUUGUCUCAGUUGACUACCUUGGAAAUGCAAAUACUGGAUGACAAGAUAUUACCAAAACACUUGUUCUCCAAUGGCCGCUUGCAGAGCUUCAGAAUACUGAUAGGGGAUAACUGGGACUGGGAUGACAACUAUAAAACCUCCAGAAUGCUGAAACUUAAGCUCAAGACAAGCAUUCAUUCAGGAUACGGGAUUAAAGUGCUAUUGAGGGAUACUGAAGAUUUAUGCUUAGAUAAAGUGAGGGAGGCUGAGAACUUGUUGUAUGAUAUUGACGGGGACGGCUUUCCAAAAUUGAAGCAUCUCCGAGUCCAAAAUAAUCAUGCCAUUCAACAUAUCAUCAAUGGGACGAAGUGGGCUGUAUGUGAUGCCUUUCCAAUUCUGGAGUCCUUGAUUUUAGAAAAUUUAAUGAAGUUGGAGAAGAUCUAUCAUGGUCGACUCACAGUAGGAUCUUUUAAUAAAUUAAAAAUUUUACAAGUGAGAAAUUGUGGGAGAUUAACGCAUCUCUUUUCAUUAUCUACUGCCAAAAGUCUUUUGCAACUACAGAAAAUGGAAGUGAGAGAUUGUCCUAAGAUGGAAACUAUUGUUAUUGAUGAAAGUGAAAACAGUUAUGAAGUGCUGAAGUUCAAUUGCUUGAACUUCUUGAAUCUAGAAAAUCUUCCCAAUCUUAGAAGUUUUCACACCAAAAUAAAGGCGCUACCGAAAAUUGAGGAAUUUCUAUCAGAACAGGAGAGUGAUGCUCACUUAUCACUUUUCAGCAGAAUGGUUUCUUUCCCCAACUUGGAGCAUCUUGGAUUAUAUUCAGUUGGUUGUGAAAAGAUAUGGCACGACCAACUUUCUGCAACUUCUUCAAAAUUAGAGAGAUUGUUUGUGCAUGGUUGCCACGAGUUGAAGCAUUUAUUUACAACUUCAAUUGUUAAAAGACUCUUGCAGCUCAAAACACUUUAUAUUUCCUUUUGUAGUUCUAUGGAAGAGAUAAUACUAACAGAGGAAUUUAUAGAAGAGGAAGAUGAGAGGAUGAAUCAGAUACUCUUCCCUAAAUUGGAUGAGCUGACACUUUGGAAUCUUCCAAAGUUGAUUAGAUUCUGCACUGGAUAUCAAAUUGAAUUUCAAUCUCUUAGAAACUUGGACAUAGACAGUUGCGAUGCAUUGAUGUGCUUGGUCCCCAGUGUCCCUCAUACAGGCAUGAUGAAAAAACAAGAUGACAUAGAGAUGAAUCAGAAUCAAAGUGAGAAAGCUGAAAUUCAAUCUCUCUUCAAUGGAAUGGUUGGUUUUCCUAAUUUGGAGAGAUUGAGUCUCUUCGAAAUAAAUGAGUUGAAAAGAAUAUGGCACAGCCCACUUGCAGCAAAUUCCUUCUUUAAAUUGAAAUCAUUGGAUGUUUCUAAUUGCCAGAAAUUGACGGCUGUUUUUCCAUCAAAUGUCUUAGAAAGAUUCCGAAAAAUGGAGGAGUUGCAUGUGAGCAAUUGUGCUUCGUUGCAAGAGAUAUAUCAACUUGAAGGGUUCAAUGUUGAUGAAGCAUUUGAGUUGAGAAGUUUAAAUAUACAUGAAUUGAGGUCGUUGAAGCAUGUAUGGAAGAAGGAUCCGCAAGGAGUUUUCAGUUUUCAAAAUUUGAAAUCAGUUAAAGUUUCAGGUUGCGAUGUUCUAAACUAUCUGUUUCUAGGGACACACAUUUUUGAGUGUCAGAAAUUGACAAGUUUGGAUAUUCGCGAUUGUCACAAAAUAAUAAAAUUUAGUUACCAAGAAAUCCAGGAAGAGGGUAGACAACCCUUACUUUUUUUGGAAAAGAUGAGUCCCAACUUGGAGGAAUUGACUUUAGAGCACAAGGACUUGAUUGCGAUACAGCAAGAACAAUUCUUUUCUAAACUCAAAAUGCUUACUUUGACCAACUUACAGAACAAAUCACGCCCUUUCAUAAUUGGUUUCCUUGAAAGAUUAUAUUCUGUGGAAACAAUUUUGGUACAAGGUCAUAAUACUUCAGAACAGUUGUUCUCAUAUGAAGGACUUGCCGGAGAAGAAGAAGAACAUGCCAGGACACUUGCACGAGUGAAAAAUUUGAAGCUAGAGAGCGUUGAUAAUUUAAAGCAUAUAUGGGACCCAGACUCUGGACUGAAACCACUUCUUCAUUAUCUCGAGACUUUGAGUGUAUUUAAUUGUGGUAGUUUGAUCAACGUAGCACCAUCCUCAUCAUCUUUCCAAAAUCUAGCAACUCUUGAAGUGAGUUACUGUGCAGGAUUGGCAAACUUGAUAACAGCGUCCACAGCCAAGUCCAUGGUGCAACUCACCAAAAUGACAGUACGAGAUUGCGGUAUGAUGACAGAAAUAGUGACCAGCGAUGGAGAUGAUCAUACAGAGGAUGAGAUUAUUAAUUUUGACAAACUGAAAUUUUUGGAACUUGAUGAUCUGCCUCAUCUCAUCAGCUUUUGCUCAGGGAAUAACGCUUUCAAUUUUCCAGCUUUAGAAAAUGUUACCGUCAAGGGAUGCUCCCGGAUGAAGAUUUUCGCUUUCGGAGAUCUAAAUACACCAAAGCUACGAGGAAUACUCCUGGGAGAUCAACAGCGUUGGGAGGGAAACCUUAAUGCAACACUAGCAGAAAUGACAUUUUGCCAAUAUUUUAAAGCAUCCGUAUUUCCUGAGCUCUGGCAUGAUGGGAUGCAAGGGAGACUCUUACGCAAUGUAGAAAGGCUUGAGGUGGAUAAAUGUGCAAUGUAUAACAAAGCUAUACCAUCCAAUGUACUGGUGUUUUUAAACAAGUUGGAAGAGCUUGAGGUGAAAGACUGUGAUUCAGCAGAAAUAGUAUUUGAUUUGGAAGGGGUAUCAGCUGAUGAUGGGCUACUUCCACGACUAAAGAAAUUGCAAUUAACAAGUCUUCCAAUGUUGAGACAUUUAUGUAACAAGGAUCCCAGAGGAAUUUUAGAAUUGAAGAACCUAAAGUGGCUUCAUGUUGGAAACUGUAGCAGCUUGAAGUAUAUUUUUACCUGGUCGAUGGCAUUGUGCCUCAUGCAACUGGAAAAGAUAGAGCUGAAUAAUUGUAAGAUGAUUGAAGGAAUCAUAGAAAAGGAGGAACCAGCUGAUAAGAUGAUAUUAUUGCCUUCAUUGAAAUCUGUAGUCCUUAAAUGUUUGCCUAGAUUUUCCAGAUUGUGUUCAGAAUGGAGUAAUGUGGAAUGUCCAUUGUUGGAGAAGAUGAGCAUACAUGAAUGCCCAAGCUUAAAGAAUAUCUUUGCCACACAGACACUGGUGAACACAAUUGAUGAGCUUCAUACACCUUUUCUUCAUAAGAUGUUUCCAAAUUUGAAAAAGUUUUCGUUAGACAAGAAGUCUACCAUAACCAUACUUGGAUUUCAAUUUCCAACAGGCUUCUUUUCCAAAGUAAAAGUUCUUGAAUUGAGUUUCUUUCUAAACAAAUAUCAUGUUCCUCUGUUUAGUUUACUUCCAAUAUUCCCCAAUCUCGAACGAUUUGAAGUUCUUGAUUCUUCUCACAACGAGCUACUUCCAUUUGAUAGUGAUCAAGAAGAUAUCACCAUAAUCCCACAGAUAUGGAAUCCAGAUGGCCAACUGCAUGACCCAUUAUUUCAGUCUUGUGCAGAUUUGAUUGUUUUGGCACCAUCCUGUGUGCCUUUGGGAAAUCUGAAAACUCUCAAAGUAUAUGGAUGCAACACAUUGGCAAAUAUUUUUACAUCAGCCGCGGCAAAAAGUAUGGUACAACUUGAGACAUUGAUUGUAAGAUCUUGCAAUAUGUUGACCGAAAUAAUAGGAGGUGUUCAAGAGGAUGGAUCAACUGAUGAGAUUGUUUUCAGUAAAAUGAAAACAUUAAAACUUAAAGAUUUACAGAACCUCACAGGCUUCAGCUUGGGCAGUUACACUUUCAAAUUCCCAUCUUUAGGACAAGUGACUGUCCUUAAAUGUCCCAAGUUGAGGAUUUUCACUGUCCGCAAGCUGAGCACACCAAAGAUACAUGGUGUAUUCACAGGCUACAGUUUCAAAAGAACAUUUCAUUGGGAAGGCGAUCUCAAUGCGACCAUUGAACAGAUUUACAUGAAAUAUGUUGGAUUUAAGUACAUAAAUGAUGUUCAACUCUCCAACUUUCCCAUGCUGAAAGAAAAAUGGCAUAGCCAAUUUCCAUUCGAGAACUUGGAGUACUUGAGAAAAUUGGUGGUGGACGAGUGUGCAUUUUUCUCAAAUGCCAUAUCAUCAAAUCUGCUAAAGCGCUUGUCCUGGUUAAAUAAGCUGGCUGUAGAAAGAUGUGACUCUGUAGAAGAGCUGUUUGAAUUAGAAGGGCUAAAUGCUGAUGAAUGUGAUGUUGGGUUAUUGGAGUCUCUAGAAGAAUUGAGGUUAAUUGAUUUGCCUAGAUUGGUGCAUGUGUGGAACAAGGAUCCUCCAGGAAUUUUGAGCUUUAGAAGCCUAGCAUUGUUGAAAGUUGAGAAUUGUAGCAGCUUGACUAAUAUAUUUACUCUGUCCAUGGCUUCGGGUCUUGUAAAGCUCAAACGUUUAGAAUUGAACGGAUGUAAUUUGGUGGAACAUAUCAUCACAAAAGAAGCAGAAGAGGAAAUAGCAAAGGAUAAUACCAUAUUUCCAUCAAUGGAGUCCAUGAGUCUAGAGUGUUUGCCUAACUUGUCAAGUUUUUAUUCUGCAAGCGAUGUUCUGAAAUGGCCAUCCUUGAAAAGAAUUGAGAUGGUUGGCUGUCCAAACAUGGAGCUAUUAGCUUCUAAAUUUUGCAAAGAACAUGAUCUAAGCAUGAUUGCUGAGGGAAAUGGAGAAAGAAUUGCAGCCUCUUCUGGCGGAAAGGUUGUCAUCCCAAGUUUAGAAGAAUUAAGAGUGGAAUGUAACACCAUAAAGAAUCUGUGUUCUCAAACAUCUCAAGCUGAUUUCUUGUGUGGACUGAAAGGCAUUGAGUUGACAUGUAUUUCUAGUGACUCUACACUUUUGCCAUCUCAGUUCUUUGAAAGUUUACCCAUUCUGGAAAAACUUGUUCUGAGUGAUGCUUUUUUCGAAGAUAUCAUUUUCUGUGAAGAGAUUAUUGGCGAGGAAAUACAUCCUCAAUCACUUGUGAAAUUGAAAGAACUAAGUUUGUCUAAACUGCCAAGGCUCAAGCAUCUCAGGGACGCCAAACUACUCUCAGUUUUCCAAUCUCUGGAGACUUUAAAUGUAAUGAAAUGUGGUAGAUUGCAAGUGUUAGUGGCAUCCUCUGUUUCUUUUCAAAAUUUAACAGCGCUGCAGGUAUCAAAUUGCCAAAGUCUGGUAAAUCUGUUGUCUUCUUCAACAGCGAGAAGUCUUGAACGACUUGAAAAAAUGAAGAUAGAGGAAUGUGAACUGAUACAAGAAGUUAUAGUGGUUGAAGUAGAUAAAGAAGAAGAAGAGAAUGAGAUUUGCUUCAGCCGAUUAAAAUGUUUGGAACUUCAACGUCUACCAAGCCUCUCUAGCUUCUGCUCUGGGAAUUUGACCUUCAGUUUCCCAUUUAUGGAAGAAGUGAUCAUUGUAGAAUGCCCUAAUAUGAAGAUUUUUGCUCAAGAAGUAAGCACGCCGCAGCUGUGGAGAGUUCAAACAGGAGGACAUAAAUAUGAAUGGGAAUGGGAAGGCAGCCUUAACAACACCAUUCAAGCACUAUUUAAGGAAAAGAAAGCUGAAGAGAUGGGGAUAGGCCAGUGUUCAUAUGGGUGAGCUUGAAUAAGGCCAAUGUUCAUAUUCUAUUUCACCAACUUGCUUGACUGCUAUAUUUCUUCUCAUUCAAGGUAGUCCUUUUGUGAUGCUUUCUCAUUUUCCUUUUUCAAUCACCAAUCCAUUAUCCCUAAAAAGGAUGCUAAGCAUUUGUCAGAAAAUAGAAAUUAUUAUGUGAUAGGUUUUGAUUCCAUGAGUGCAGUCCAAUUAAAAAUUGAGGAAAAGAAAAAGGAUGCUAAGCAUUUGUAGAAAAUAGAAAAGAGAGCUAAUGAGUUGUUAAAAAGGAGAGAGGGAGAAGAGAGAGAGAGAUUUUUUCUAAUAUUUUAUUUUAAGUUACUAUUAAAUCUUCAAUCCUAAGAAAGGACCAUUUGUUCAGCAGCCACCUUAUUGUGUGAAAAUAUUCAUUUUAUUUAUUUAUUUAUUUUUAAUGAGAAAUAGUCAUAUUUUUUA